AUGUAUCAUCCCAUCGUGCAUCACCCGGUCGUGACAAAGUUAUCGGAUUUAUUCGAUAAAGACUUCACCAGCCGGCUAGCCUCCACACUGGCCUCUUUCGGCCCGCAUGAUGACAUCUGCCUGCGUAUUGACGCAGUAGUAUGCGCUUCGAACAGUCUUGAACCGAAACUCACCGCUAAGAAUGACAAUUCGCUGCCUCUGGGAUGGUUGAGCGUGGAAAACAACCGGAGCCUGACUACAACGCCGAGCCAGGUUGCCCUUUUGAAGUCCACAUCCAAGGAUGACUUUGACAAGCCCAGGCAUAAGACCGUUAGUGGGCUACGACCAUCAAAGUCUGCUGCCAUAGCAGUGGCGACAGAUAAUUCAGAGUCAGAUAGCGAUGCAGACACUGGGACUCGUCUACGACAGUCCAACAUAAGAAUCGAACCGUUAGUUCGGCAAUUUCACAGCGAUACCCGGUUUCCUCAGCGCAAGAAGCCCACGAAGGACGCCGCUGCUCCCACCCUACAGCCAUCUUCUAUAGAUAAAUUUAUAGCGGGCAUAUGGCGGCAGGUGCAUUCCCCUGUCACUUUGAGUGUCUCGUUUCCGGACCGUAGACCAGAAUUCAGUCUUGGAACUGGUGUUAGCCAAGCAGUUUUUCAGGCUAUAAAUUGUUUGUGCAAGAAACACUAUGACCAGAGCCGGUCAUCACGGGCUCUGGAAAUAGUAGUGCAAGCAUACUGGGUGGAAUGCUAUGAAGCACGGAUUGCAUCGAUUCGUCUCGAGCGUCCAACCUAUACAAACGCCGAAGCUCGAAUGGCAGCUCUAAAAGAAGCAUGCAGCACAUUAAUGUGGCAUGAAAAGGAGCUCAGAAAUAAGAUGGCGGUUUGGCGUGGAUACAAAGAAAUCAAAGAUUCCGGUGGUUGGGCUAGCCUAAUCUUUGCUGGGUCCGGUAUCUACCGCGUAUGCAAAUAUAGGAUAGGCUUUGAUACCGGACUUAUGUCUCGGCUGCGUCGCAUCGCUUCUAGCCUUGAAGUCGCCGCAGAUACUCUCCACCCUAGUUGGCGAGACCUUCUCCGAGUUAUUAGCCAAAAUGGGGCUUGUCGAUACUUUGGUCACCCUCAUGAAUGGGUCACGCUAGAUACGGGGCCAGCAUUGCCGCUUAAAGCCACCUACCCCCAUCUGACAUUGCCAAACGGGUUCAAUUAUCAGUUCGUCAACGACUGUGUGAUUGAUCAUAAUGUGUUCGGUGGAGAUGACCCUCGACGCGGGCAGAACGUUGAUCCUGAUAUUUGUCAACUGUGCAAGGAAAAACAGACCGAUGAUGUGAUUUCUAAUCACUGUUCUUGUUUCCGGCCUUUAUUUGGUGGUGUUCGUUAUCCCCCUCCUGUCCAGUUGUAUAACACAGCCGGUGGGAAGAAUAAUGGGGUGAUCGCCCGUUGCGAAUUCGACCGAGGCACAGCUAUUGCAGAGUUUGUCGGUCUCGUCACUAAAGGGAUUGAAGGCCAGGACGUGAUGAUAGGUGGAAGCUCAGAACGACCAUAUCAGGUCUUCCAAGGCCAAAUGGGCAAUUUUACUCGCUUUAUCAAUCACUCGUGUCGCCCUAAUACCCAGUUUCAGAAGUUCUACUGGCGUGGGAUUGAGCGUAUACUCGUGGUCUCUCGCGGAGUGUCCGCCGGAAGUGAAAUUACGGUUGAUUAUUCGGAUUCCUACUGGGGGAAGCUGAAGAAGAACUGUCUAUGUGGGGAGACCAGCUGUCGUUUUGCUCAUCAGGCAGAGACAUAG